CUCGCCCUCGCUGCGUUUGCUGACCAAUGAAAUGUCCGCUCUUGUGAUCGACGAACCAGUUGAGCCAAUGGCUCCACAGGAGCAGCCGCAAAUGGGCGGGACUUGUUCCAAAAACAAGGCUGCGGCUCCGCCUGUCAUUCUGCAACAACCGCCGACCUGAUCUCCUGCGACACGCGCUCGUGAAAACCAUGGCGGACGAGGACGGUCUCCCCGCGGGCUGGGAGAAGAGGAUGAGCCGCAGCUCCGGGAAGACCUACUACUUCAACCACAGCACCAACGCCAGCCAGUGGGAGAGGCCGGUGGCCGACGACAGCGGCGAGCCGGACAAGGUGCGCUGCUCUCACCUGCUGGUCAAGCACAGCCAGUCGCGCCGCCCGUCCUCCUGGAGAGAGCAGAACAUCACCAGGUCCAAAGAGGAGGCGGUGGAGCUGAUCCAGAAGUACAUCGAGCAGAUCCGCUCAGGGAAGGAGUCCUUCGAGACUUUGGCGUCUCAGUUCAGCGACUGCAGCUCGGCCAAGGCUCGCGGGGACCUGGGCCUGUUCGGCAGAGGUCAGAUGCAGAAGCCUUUCGAAGACGCCUCCUUCGCGCUCAAGGUGGGCGACAUGAGCGGCCCGGUCCACACCGACUCGGGGGUCCACAUCAUCCUGCGCACCGGCUGAAGGCCGGUCACGUGACCCUGCACAGAGCCAAUAAAAGUCACUUUUCUAA